AUGGGCUCUACCACCCCCUCCGUCUUUUCCACCGCCGUCGUGCCCGCCGCGCCAGAAGAUGCUCUCUUCGGUCUGGCCCAGGCUUUUCGCCAGGAUUCCUCCGACAAGAAGGUCGAUCUAGUCAUUGGCGCAUACCGCGACGACAAUGCCAAACCCUGGAUUCUGCCCGUCGUCAAGAAGGCCGACGAGCUCGUUCGCAAUGACCCCGCCCUCAAUCACGAAUACCUCCCCAUCAAAGGUCUCGCCGACUACACCACCGCCGCCCAGAAGUUGAUGAUUGGCGCCGACAGCCCUGCCAUUCGCGAGAACCGCGUAUGCACUUUCCAAACCAUCUCCGGCACCGGUGCCGUGCACCUGGGCGCUCUCUUUCUCUCCAAGUUCCACCCCUCCAACCCUAAGCCCACCGUCUACCUCUCCAACCCAACCUGGGCCAACCACAACCAAAUCUUCACCAACGUCAACCUCUCCCUCGCCAACUACCCCUACUUUGACCCCCAAACCAAGGGUCUCAACUUCUCCGGCAUGCUCUCCGCCCUGCGCGACGCUCCUACCGGCUCCAUCAUCCUCCUGCACGUCUGCGCCCACAACCCCACCGGCGUCGACCUGACCCAAGACCAAUGGAAGGAGGUCGCCGUCGUCAUGCGCGAGCGCAACCACUUCCCCUUCUUCGACUGCGCCUACCAGGGUUUCGCCUCGGGUGACCUCGCCCGCGACUCCUGGGCCGUGCGCUACUUCGUCGAGCAGGGCUUCGAGCUGUGCGUCGCGCAGUCCUUCGCCAAGAACUUUGGUCUGUAUGGUCAGCGCACGGGUGCGUUCCAUUUCGUCUCUGCCCCGGGUGCGGAAGCCACCCAGGCGAAUGCGCAUAUCGCGUCGCAGCUGGCAAUCCUGCAGCGCAGUGAGAUCAGUAACCCGCCGGCGUACGGUGCACGCAUUGCUAGCCGGGUGUUGAACGAUGAGGGUCUGUUCCAGGAAUGGGAGGAGGAUCUGAAGACGAUGAGUGGUCGCAUUGCGGAGAUGCGCAAGGGAUUGAGGGAGCGCUUGGAGAAGAAGGGCACGCCGGGCACAUGGAACCACAUUACGGAUCAGAUCGGCAUGUUCAGUUUCACGGGGUUGACUGAGACGCAAGUGAAGGUGUUGAAGGAGAAGUGGCAUGUCUAUAUGACCAAGAACGGCCGUAUCUCCAUGGCCGGCCUAAACACACAUAACCUGGACUACUUUGCCGAAGCAGUGGACAGCGUAGUGCGGGAGACUUCAUAA